CACGACGGCUAAAAAUCUAAAAUAGUAAAAUCCCCAAUUUCCAACCAUUUUUCAAACAAUCGAAAUUAGGGUUCUUCCUCCACUGUUUCUCUACCCUCUUCGCCAAGUUUUCUCUCGCAUCAUCGGAAAGAGGAUGGCGGAAUUCAUAUAUGCUUAUCUCAAGUUCGACAGUGGAAUUAUUCGGCUUAAAAUCCCUAUAACAAUUAAUAGUUCCAUCAAAUCCGAAGCCAAACUUGUGUGCUUUAAUUUUCCUAAAACUUUUCCAGCAGAUAUGGUACACUUCAGCCACAAUCAUAUUUUAUAUAUGGUUGGGGGCCACGAUGCAUCUGUGGCUGAAUAUAAAUAUAGCAAUCUUGUUUAUAUAUUUGAUCCAACAAAGUUCGAUGAGUUUAAGGAUUUUCCACUAGACAAUAUUGAACAACUUCCUGACUCAAAAUUUGCACCAAUGGCAUUUCCUUUAGUCAUUCGAGCUAAGGCUGGGUUUUACUUGCUCACAUAUACUCAUAAGCUAUUCGAGCGAGCCAGCGUGCCCAUGCAUUUGCAAUACUUUGAUCCAAUUCAGAAAUUGUUUGAAACCGGGCCACCCCCACCACCUCUCCCUCCUGAUUGUCUAAGAUCUUCUAUUCCCGUUUUAUGCUGUUAUUUUUUUAUUAGAGGUUAUAUAUAUCUGGGUAUUAAAUCACUAUAUCAUCGUGGUAUCUAUGCAUUUAAGUUCAACACAAUGGAAAUGGAAUCAAAAUGGGAGGAUUGCAAUGCCAUGGUGGACAGAUUUGUGGAGAAAAAUAUUCGUUUUCCCUAUCAUUUUGGUGGCGAUAUCGGAAUUUCAAAUGAAUUUGCUGAUAAUACUUGGAUUCUAGUCGCCCUUAAUGCUGCUCAGCCCACUGCCUAUCGUGUUCGCCUGUCUGACAAUGGUGAUAUUGAUCCUAUAUCUUCUAGGAUUCUAGCUGAAUGUGAAACUGAACUUGAUGAUCAUAUUGAUGACCCAUACCUUUGUGAGAAACAAUUAUCUGAUAUUGGAGGUGGAAGGUUUUGUGUGAUGCGCAGUAGUUCAAGUUCAGAAUAUUUGAUAUAUGUCUUCAGUAUUGAUUUUUCACGUGAAUACGACAUUCAAAUCUCUGGAAGUGGAGUUGGAGUUUGUUCGUCAGAUAUUAUUUUCUCAAUGAUAUUCAAACCUGAUGAGAUCAUCCCUGCCAUCAUCCCUCGCCCUUUGGAGUUUGUAUAUAGCGGUUUCUGUAUAGCCUCUGCUCCUCCUCCUCCUCCUCCUGCAUCUCCUGGCAACGAAGACCAAGACAUGGAUGAUAGGAAGAUGAAGAGAAAAAGGGAGAGUAGUGGGACCCACUAAGGCAUGCAUAAGAACAAGAGCUGUUGAGCUUGGUUUGCAGUGAAGACUACUAUUAUCUGAUCUCAUCUUCACCAAGCUGGAAAUUACAAAGCCACAUGUUCAUAAUUUUUGAACUUCUUAUUCACAAUUACAGAAUUUUAUGUUCAUAAUUAUAGAACUCAAAUUAUGAACAGUUUUAAAACUUGUCCACCUUGCAAGGUGAAGAUAGACAUGGUUUCACAGCAUAGUUAGUUUGCCGGAAGGGAAUGGAGUCCAGUUGGUUUAGUUUGCCGGAAGGGAAUAGAAUCCAAUUCGUCAUUUUUGUAUAGCGCAAAUACUUACGUUAGCAUAUUUCAUAUUCAAUUAUGGAGUAUAUACUUAUUUGACUUGUG